AUGGCGCCAGCCUAUGCAUCCAUGUACAACAAGGAGGAGAAGGUGCUCUGCUUCCACCAUGACAUCCUGUACGAUGCAAAGAUCCUCGACCUGAGACACAAGGACUCCAGCGACCGCAAAAGUCCCUUUGAGUACCUAGUACACUACAAGGGCUGGAAGAACACCUGGGACGACUGGGUCCUAGAAGACCGCCUCCGCAAAGCAACAGAAGACAACCGCGAGCUGGCCACCAGUCUCCGGCGCGAAGCUGAGUCCGCUUUGCGCGCAAAGAGCACCAAACCCUCCUCCACCAAGAAGCGUGGCACGUCCGACCAAAGCUCAGCGCGCGACAGCGAAGACCGCGGCUCCGUGCCCGGGCGCGGCACCAAGCGAGCCCGAGACCAUGACAUUGAAAAGGAGGACACGUUCCAUACGCGCCCCUCUAUCCGCAUCAUCAUGCCGGACAAUCUCAAGUCCCUCCUCGUCGACGACUGGGAGCAAGUGACGAAGAACCAGUGCGUCGUCGCCCUGCCGUCCAAGUACCCCGUGCGCACGAUCCUGCAGGACUGGUACGACGAGGAACAGCCCAAGCGCAGUUCUUCCGCGGCCGAUGAAGACGUCCUCGAUGAGGUCGUUGCAGGCAUGCAGGAGUAUUUCGACAAGUGCCUUGAUAAGAUUCUGCUGUAUCGGUAUGAGCGCCCGCAGUACCGCAAUCUGCGCAAGAAGUGCGAGGCGGCUACCGGGGAGCUGGCGAAUAAGGGGCCUAUUGAUGUCUAUGGUGCGGAGCAUUUGAUUCGGCUUUUCAGCACGAUGCCCGAACUGAUGGCCCAAACAAACAUGGACCUCCAAUCCACGAAUCGUCUGCGCGAGGAAAUCUCCAAGCUGGCCAUGUGGCUGAGCAGGCACUCGGAGAAGUACUUCUCGACAAACUACGUGCCUGCCGAGAGUACUCAUAAAUGA